UUUUCUCAACCCUCUCCUUUCACCCCUUCCUUUUCCUUUUCAUCUUUUCUGUAUAUUUCUUACUUCCUUCCGCCGUACUUCGCCGGAAACACUGCUGAUCACAAACUAUUAUCUCUCUGAUCAAAUACACUCACUCCCCUAUGACUCUCUAGUGCUACGAUUCCCUUCAUCUUUUCAGACGAGCACGUAGGUCGGUUGCUUACCGGAAUUUCAGCUACCAAUGAAGGUGCCUGGCGUCACUUUGAUAGCGACUAAUCACGGCGAAGGCGCGGAGAAGUUCAUGAUAAAUCCGGAGCUAUGGCAAGCGUGCGCUGGACCUCUGGUCAAUUUACCGGCGGCUGGGACCCACGUCGUCUAUUUCCCUCAAGGACACAGCGAACAGGUUUCUGCAUCUAUGAAGAAGGGUAUGGAUGCUCAAAUUCCAAGUUAUCCUAAUCUUCAGUCGAAGUUGUUAUGCAUUCUGCAUAAUGUUACAUUGCAUGCUGAUCCUGAGACAGAUGAAGUAUAUGCUCAGCUGACACUCCAACCUGUUACUGCGUUUGAUAAGGAAGCGUUAUUGAGGUCAGACCUCUCGAUGAAAUCAUAUAAGCCACAAACGGAGUUUUUUUGCAAAACUCUUACAGCAAGUGAUACAAGCACUCAUGGAGGGUUUUCUGUACCUCGCCGAGCAGCCGAGAAAAUAUUUCCACCUCUGGAUUUUUCGAUGCAACCACCUGCACAAGAACUUGUGGCAAGAGAUUUACAUGAUAGUGUAUGGACAUUUCGCCAUAUCUUUCGUGGGCAACCAAAACGGCACUUGCUCACGACUGGUUGGAGCCUGUUUGUUAGUGGAAAAAGGCUUUCUGCUGGAGAUUCGGUCUUGUUUAUUAGGGAUGAAAAGCAGCAGCUUCUAUUGGGUAUUAGACGAGCCACCAGGCAACCGACCAAUUUAUCAUCAUCAGUUUUGUCCAGUGAUAGCAUGCACAUCGGAGUCUUGGCUGCUGCUGCCCAUGCAGCUGCCAACAACAGCCCUUUCACCGUGUUUUAUAAUCCAAGGGCUAGUCCAUCGGAAUUUGUUAUUCCCUUAGCAAAGUACUACAAAGCAGCGUGCAGCAACCAACUAUCUCUUGGCAUGCGCUUCCGUAUGAUGUUCGAGACUGAAGAGUCUGGAACAAGAAGGUAUAUGGGUACAAUUACAGGCAUUAAUGAUCUAGAUGGAGUGAGAUGGAAGAAUUCACAGUGGCGUAAUAUACAGGUAGGCUGGGAUGAGUCAACUGCUGGCGAAAGGAGGAACCGUGUCUCAAUUUGGGAGAUCGAACCUGUUACAGCUCCUUUUUUCAUAUGCCCGACUCCCUUUUAUGGAUUAAAUCGUCAAAGAUAUCCCGGAAUUCCAGAUGGUGAAUCUGCUGACCUAGACAAUUUCUUCAAGAGAACAAUGCCUUGGGUUGGUGAAGAUAUGUCGAUGAAAGAUACUGGCCUAAGCUUAGUCCAAUGGAUGAAUAUGCAGCAAAGCUCGAUACAAUCCAACCACUUGAAUCCAUUGGCUGCACCUGUUUUGCAAAACUAUGGUGGACCAGAUAUGUCACGAAUUCUUCCACACGACAGCUUACAGUUUAAUAGUCUAAGGUCAACAGCACAGCUUGAUCAGCUAAAAAACCAACUCGUGCCUUCCACUGUGAACCCAUUAGCCUCCAUGAUGCAACCACUGCAACAGUUGGCUAGCCCGAGUCUGCAAACAACUAAACAAAAUGUAGUCAAUCAAUCGCUGCCUCAGAAUCGAGUUCAAUCCCAUAUUCAACCUCAAAAUGCUCUUCAGCAGCAGUCAUCAGUACAAAACCCUCAGCUCCAUAGAAACCUUCCACAGCAGAUGGCUGAGGUGAGUCAAAGUCAACAGAAAAUAUCAUUGCCGCCCGAGUUUCCCGAUCAACAACAAUUACAGAUGCCUGAAAAUCAAGUUCAGCAUCUACAAAAGCUUCAUCAGCGACAACAAUCACUUUUAGCUCACCAAUCUGCACAGCUACAACCCCAAGAUCAGCAAAAACCAUUAGCAGAUCAACAGCAAAUGUUAAGAAAUAAUAGCCAAACAAAUAUUUGGUUUACCCAUCUUUCUCAGCAACCAAAGCAGACCGAUCAACUCUUGACCUAUGGCAACGGUUUAUUGAUGGGGACUGCAGCCACAGGAGGUCAAUCUGGUAUAACUGAUGAUGUUCCAUCGGGUUCCACCUCACCUUCAACAAAUAAUGGCCCGAUCAUGCUUCCAUCAGUUAUUGAUGGUAGAUCCUACCGGAGCACAAGUAUGGGCGGUGAAGAGAUCACUCAAGCUUCUGCUCACCUAAUGAAUACCAGUGGUUUAGAAACCGUAUCACCAAAUAUCGAGUUUUUUAAAGAAUUGCAGCAAAAAUCUGGUAUGAAGCCGAGUGACAACAUCUCAGAGAGUCAGAAUAAAGGAUUCAUAGCUCCACAAAUAUACUUGCAUCAUGUGUUUGGAACCCAAGUCGGUUACUUGGACAGUUCAUCUUCAGGGACUUCAGUUUGUGUUUCUCAAAAUGAUGUUCAUUUGCAACAGCAGAACUCCAAUCAGCUGUCUUUUGAUUCUCAACCGCUGCCAAUUCAAGGUGGGGAAGUUGAAGAUGAUCAUAUUCCAUUUGGGACAAACAAUGAAAACCAUUUGGGUAUGAUUCCUGACCCUUUGAUCACAAAAAGGAUGAUGGGAUGUGGUAAAGAUUUCCAAAACAAUCAACCAGAUGUCUCUUCCCAGUCAUUUGGGGUUCCAGAUAUGAGUUUCAAUUCCAUUGAUUCCACAAUAAAUGGCGGCAGUUUGUUGAAUAGUGGUGUGUGGGCUCCAGUACCAGCGCAACCACAACCUUUUCAACGGAUGCGUACUUAUACCAAGGUAUACAAACGUGGAGCAGUAGGAAGAUCAAUUGAUAUUACUGCUUAUUCAGGCUACAAGGAACUGAAACAGGAUCUGGCUCGACGAUUUGGUAUAGAGGGACAACUGGAGGAUCGGCAAAGAAUUGGGUGGAAACUUGUGUACGUUGAUCAUGAGAACGAUGUUCUCUUGGUCGGGGAUGACCCUUGGGAGGAGUUCGUGAGCUGUGUAUGCUACAUCAAGAUAUUGUCCCCUCAAGAAGUACAGCAGAUGAGUUUGGAUGGAGAUUUUGGGCACCCAAAUCAACCUUGCACAAGCUCCGACCUCUAGUAUAUAGUUAGCAUAGUCACACGUGUAAGCCUUCUAUUGGUUAUUCAGGUAGCCAUAUAAAAUUAAGAACACACAAGGUCUAAAGAAAUAUUAGCUAGUUUGGGACUGGAAAGUGAAGCAGAGAAUUAUUAUUAUGAAUCUCAUCUUCUUAAUUGCAACAUCAUCAUCAUCAUCAUGAUGAUGAUAGCAAUGUAUUGCAAUUUUUUUCUUUUAUCAUUUUUAUAGAAGCUUGGAAAUUUGUAGUAAUUUCGGUUGUAUAGAUAUCGACUUGCU